AUGGUGAUGGUGAUGCCGAUGAAGGUGAUGAAGAUAGACAUGAUGGUGAUGAUGACGAUGAUGAUGAGUAUGAGAAUGAGGAGGAGAAGGAGGAGAAUGAGAAGAAGAAAGAGAAGGGGAAAAAAGGAAAAGAUAAAAUUGGUGAUAACAAUGGAGAUGAAAAUGAUGAAUGAUGAAGAGAAUGAUGAAGAUAAUGAGAAUGAGGAGGAGAAGGAGAAAGAGAAGGAAAAGAACGAAAAGAUUAAGAUGGUGAUGGUGAUGCCGAUGAAGGUGAUGAAGAUAGACAUGAUGGUGAUGAUGACGAUGAUGAUGAGUAUGAGAAUGAGGAGAAGGAGGAGAAUGAGAAGAAGAAAGAGAAGGGGAAAAAAAAGAAAAGAUAAAAUUGGUGAUAACAAUGGAGAUGAAAAUGAUGAAGAUAAACAUGAUGAUGAUGAUGAUGAAGAGAAAGAGGAGAAGAGAAGGAGAGUGAGAAAAAGGAGGAGAAAGCAGAGGAAGAGAAGGAAAAGAAAAAGAUGA